UUUCAGGUUCACAUUAUCGGACACAGCAUAUCUUUUCCAUUGGUGGAAAAAUCGUCAUGUGUCAGUCCAUCGUAUGAUGUACCAGCUGAUCCGCCAAGGCCGCCUGACCAUCGUCGGCGGAGGUCUCGGAGUCAGCGACGAAGCCUCCACUAGCUAUCACGCCAUCAUCGACCAGUUCACCUACUCACUCAGGAAGCUGAACUCUACAUUCCGCGCAUGCGCGCGCCCUCUAGUGGCGUGGGCGACAGACGUGUAUGGACAUUCAAGAGAGUUCACCUCCCUCAUGGCACAGAUGGGAUAUGACGCGUUAUUCAUAAACCCGAUCAGCUACGACGAAGAAGUCGCGCGCAUGCGCAGAAGAUCAUUGGAAUUCUUAUGGCGCGGCAGCGAUGACCUCGGUCCGUCGACCGACAUGUUCACACAUAACUUGUUCGACGGGUACUGGGCGCCACCAGGCUUCUGUUUCAGCAAGCUGUGCACCGACCCCCUACUGGUCACCUCUAACAUACUCUUCUCGGACUUAACGGACCGGGUAGACAAGUUCAUCGAAAGCGUGCUAUACCGGCAAGCCCCGAACUUCGAGACGCGGAACGUUAUGGUAAUCAUGGGGCAUCGUAAAGCCUACUCGGAUGCUUACGUCUGGUUCGAGAACAUCGACAAACUAAUCGUUCACACAAACUGGAGGGCCACCCAGAAAAAACUCAACGUAACCAUGUUCUACUCGAACCCGCCUUGCUACCUGGCCGCCGUCCAUGACGAGAUCCCAGACUUGGAAACCAAACAGGACGAUUUCUUCCCGUACGUGCACGAUAGGGACAGCUAUACGGUCGGCAUGUACACUUCUAGGCCUACGUUGAAGUACCUUAUCAGGGAGGCGCACAUCUACCUGCAGAUGGCGAAGCAAAUGCAAAUAACUGCCAACAUGGGCCCGUAUAAAAGCAUCUUUGAAGACUUCAAUUGGGUCAUGGGGGUGGUCCAAGACCACAGCGUGGCGCCAGGGGUGCUGCGGCAUCGGGUCAAGCAAUACUACGUGAGCAGGAUAGACGCGGCCAUCACCAAUUCUACCGACUUCAUUUCGAAAGCUUUUACUAAGCUACGCUCAAGCCCUCAACAUGUGGGGUACGACCGGUGUAUGUUCAACAUAUCUUCGUGUUAUGGGUCCCGAUUCAUUAAGUAUAGCAUUCAGGUGUAUAACCCGCUCGGCUGGGCCGUCACUACGCCCGUGCGGCUACCCGUCUAUCCCACGAACAGCGUUUUUAAAGUCUACGACAAUGACGGCGAAGAAGUUAAAUCGACGACAAUAAGAUUGCCAGAUACAAUAUUGAGAAUUCGCAGUCGCCCAAAAGCAGACUAUGAAGUCGUUUUCAUAGCAGUCAACAUCCCACCGGUGGGAUUCCGGUCCUAUUAUAUAGAAGCACAGUUCUUUAAAGCUCGUAAAAUGUUAGUUAAAAGAGGAGGCCAAAAAAGCGCAGAUUAUGAAGACGACACAGAAGAGGAAACAUUAGCACCUGUUGAGAAAGAAACUAAACAAGAAUCUAGACCAAGGAGAGAUAAAUAUGAAAUGAAAGUAUUGGGUUCAGAAGGCAAUAAACGAGAGAAGAAAAUGAUUGCUAAUAAAGCACUUAAUACCCAUAAUAUGACUAAACGUGAGACCAGACAAAGGCUAACAGAUGUAGUAAAGGAUACAGCAAAUAACUACUUUAAGGAUAGUGUUCCUGUUGACGACGUAGACAACGAUCAAACAAGAAGUGCUACAGAAGCACAAAUAAUGCUUCCGAUGCUAAAGGAACAUGCUACAGAAGUCGGAGGUAGCCUUCUCAUGCUAAAAGACUAUUUGCAAAAAUCUAAAGUUCUUAAUAAAUUGGACUUCAUUGAACCGGAAAACGAACUGUUAUCAUCUCAUGAGCAUGAACCUGAAUUUGAGGCUGAAGCAGAUAUAAAAAUACCUUUUACGAAAAACAUUACAAGAUUCAGUAAAGUAAAUACGGAAGAUAUGAUGGUAGAACCGGAUAUAAGGGUGCAUAUUGUACGUCCACAUAGAAUAAAACCAGAACAGCCUUAUUUAACAACUACAGAUUCAGAUAUCAGAGUACCUACGCAGGCCAGACGCAGGCCGGAUAUAAAGAUAUUAUUAAACACUGAUAUAAAAGUACCAGUUAACAAAUCCACUUUUAAAAAUAAGGAAAGAAAAUGGUCAGAAUCAGUAGAAUUUAAGGAAUCUAGAACAGAAUCAUUAGCGAUAGUUCCCGUUCAAACGGAAUCAACAACAUCUGCAGUGUAUGUGGCUGAAUGGCCUAGUACAACUGAAUCAGUAUUAGUAGUACCAGUUAGAAAAAUGUGGGAAAAAGUUACAGUUAAACCAAAGUUGAAACUCGAAACAGAACGGCAAGAUGCUGAAACAAAAAAAAAUGAAGCAGCUCUAGAAUAUACAACUGAAUCAGUAAAUACACCAGUCAAUGUAGCACAGUUAGGAAAGACGGGAAACAAGGACAUGCAAGUUAGAAAUACCGAUACACUUGUAGAUACUGACCUGAUAGUAGACACAGGUGCCCGGAACGAGGAUAUUGAGCAAAUUGAAAUUUUAGAAAGGUUCAGAACGUACUCACAAACCACUGAAGAGGUAGAAAGGCUCGCACCAUACUUACAAACUACAGAAGAGAUUGAGAGAGUUAAAAAUGAAGAAAAUAUUGAAACAAGCACUGGCGUAGAACCUACUACAACUGAAAGUACCGAUUACACAUCUAGUACCACUGACAAUAUUAGAUAUACGAGUACUAAAGCGUAUGACGAUAAACUAUCGUCUGUGUCUCCAAUUGAAACUAGAAAAAGUUUUGCUUCAGCUGCUGAUAUUGCUGAUACAAAUGAAAAGUAUUUCAAAGUAGAUGAUGGAAGCCGAUUGUUCAUAGGAAACAAGUACGUCCGGGUCAACCUCGACGAAAGACGACGUGUCUCCAGCAUCUUCCUCCGCAAUGGAGUCCGCAUCAACCUCGAGAUUCUCAUGUUCCACUACGUCUCCGAUGACCCGGCCAAGUUUGACAUCAGGACAGUACCACGGAGAGAGAUCAAGCCACCAGGAGCGUACAUCUUCAGGCCUAUCGACCCUUACAUUAUCAGGUCGGAGGAUAAUUAUGAUGUCAGCAUUGUAAAGACGGAUAUAGUUGAAGAGAUCCGUAUAACUUUUAGCAAUUGGACGUCUCUGCAGCUGCGGCUGUAUGUGGAUAGCCCGGUUGUUGAACUGCACUGGUUGGUCGGGCCGAUCCCAACUGACGACGGCUUAGGCAAGGAGGUAUUCAUCCGGUACAAAACCGAUCUGGACCACGACGGAGCCUUCUACACGGACUCCAACGGACGGCAGACCAUCAAGCGGAUCAGAGGCACCAGGGCCACGUACGACCCUGUAGAUUUGGACCCUAUCACAGGCAACCUAUACCCCGUGACGUCGAAGAUCUACAUCGAGGAUCCGAGGAAGAAUAUCCGUUUCUCGGUCUUCAACGACCGAUGCCAGGCCGGGGGUGCGCUGAUAGAUGGCGCUGUUGAUCUCAUGCUGCAUCGGAGGAUACUUACUGAUGAUAUAGGUUUUGGUGCAUACUUAAACGAGACAGAAGACGGCGAACCAAUCAGAGCAGCCGGCACCCACUACCUCUACCUCUCCAAGGCGCACAGAAACAAAAUAUUCGAAAAGAAAUUCGCAAAAGAAAUAUAUUUCGCUCCCCGCGUUUUGACUUCCAACAAUGCAAUGUACGCUGACGAUAUGCGACAAACGUUUUACAAUAGUAAAAAUGAGUUUAGCGCUCUUAAUGAGAAAUUACCAUUAGGUGUGCAUCUUUUGACCUUAGAAAGAAUAACUGCUGACGAGAUGUUAGUGAGACUCGAAAAUUAUUUGGAAAAAGCAGACGUGACCUCUGAUGGUGUUCGGUAUGUGCGCUUAAGAGAUUUAUUUAGAGAUAUAAAGAUAAUAUUGUUGAAAGAAACUCUGUUAGCUGGGAAUAUAUACAAGGACCAGUGGAAGCCGACGCAGUGGAAAAAGAAGAAUUUGUUUUAUAGAAGAUUUAAUGAUUAUUAUGGUAGUGGUAAUGAUACUUUGGAAGAAGAUGAGCUGGAUGUAAGUGACGAUUUGGGUGGGAGAGGUGUUAGAUUAGCCCCGCAACAGAUUAGAACGUUUAUUGUUAAGUAUAAGUAUAAUAAAGCAUAA